GGCGAACGCGACGACGGGACAAAGGACGCUUUCGUACGCAAGCAGAAGGACGCCAUGUUCAUUUGUCAACGGACGUCAAGGUGUUCCCGUGCGGGAUGAGCGAGCCAACUGUUCACGGACAAGAGUCGGAUGGUCGAUCUGCGGGAGCGGAGGAUACCUCGCGCGUCUCGUCCGAUCCUCCUCCCGUCAUGAAGAACACCGUCUCCGAGUCGCGUAAACGCAAACGCGAGGAAUACGAGAUGCAGCUGUUCGGCUUCCAUUCCCGAGCCGUGUACGCGACUUUCAAGAGUAUCGUAAUGAAAAAUAUACAGUCUAAAACCAGAAGAUUAUGCGAAGCUUUGGAAGAUCAUAAAUCAUAUUCUGAAAACUUAGCCACCCUAAAAAUGAACAAGGAGCAACUUAUAAAAGCGUAUUAUACAGCUUCCUUACCUCAUUUGAUGAACAUAAAGAAUAUCGUGAACAAAUUCAUUGCUGUACCCAACAAUGUUUUGGCGGAUGAGGAUAAACUUCAAAGUAUACAGUAUACAAAAGCAGAAUUUGUAAAUAUGCGUAAGAAACUGGAGGAAUUCCAACAAAGAGCAAAACGAGCAACUGUAUUGAAUGCAGCAUUGAAGGAGGAAUUACAGCUCACAGAACAAUGUUUGAUACAUGUGGAUAAUAACGACAGGCUGACUCAAAUCAUUGAAAAUGGCGUUGCCGAAAUCAAAAUGGCGCACCCGAAUAUCAGGAACAAAAUGGACAAAUUGAUCAAGGAUUAUAAACAAAUUAGCUCGUGCUUCAACGAUGGAGCUUUUAUAUCGCAAAAAUCGCUCUACAAUACGGUUGAUGAUUUGAAAUGUAUAGAUUAUGACAUGGAUACCUUAUGAUUAUAAAGAAGGAAGAAUUAUUUUUAUGACUUAUCUUUGGAUCCUAUAUUGCUGACGUUACUGUCUUUUUUCCUGGAUAUAUAUAAAUAUAUAAAUAAAUGCAUUCUGUGAAUGUUAUAUCGUGUAUAUAUUGUAUACAAUUUAUAAUCUGUUAAAUUAGUAAUAUACAUAUAUUUAUAUAUCUUUAAUAUAAAAAAAUGUUAUGAUUUAUUUUUCCUGAUAUCUUCAAAUGCAUUAUAAUAUAAUAUUCGACGCGAUAAUUCUCCUUCUAUGUCCCUUUAUCAAUAUAUAUAUAAUAAAUUUUAGUAAGUUAUUUUAACCGAUGUAAAUUGUGAGUAUAUUCAAAAAAGCUUACAUUUCUUUAAACGCAUUAUUAUGACAAAAUACCAUCGUGUUCUAUGAUUGAUGUAAUGUAUUUAAUCAGGCAAGAAUAUACAUAUUAUUCUCAGUA